UCAGUGACGCCAAACGGUCGUCUCUUGUCCUAUUGUUUUGGUAUUGGUUUCGACAGACACACGUCCUCGCCAUGAUUUUUUUUUGAAUCAGAAGCACAUAAAUGAAAUCCAGGAUGGUAGGCAAGGGCAGCUAUCUCAAUUUCUUGGAUCUGCCAGAAAUAGUGGUGGAGAAGACCCUCAGUUACCUCGCCUAUGAAGAACUUUCCCACCUGCGAAUAGUUUGUAAAAGAUUUAAUCAAAUGAAUCAGAUGCUCCUUAACAAGGGGUUCAGGAGGGUGGAGAGAUACCAAGCCAAGUGCCUUAAGGAGGUAAAGAGCCAAUUACCUCGCCGAGAGUCUGAGCGUCGGAACCAUCCCCUCUCCCGCCACUGUGACAUUCUGACUGCCAUCGAGACAAGGUUGUCACUGCUCAAUAUGACCUUCAAUAAAUAUAUUGACUGUCACAUGUGUUGCUUCAUCCCAGGAAAGGUCAUAGAUGAAAUAUAUCGAGUGUUGCGUUUCAUCCAGUCCAACAAGACGUUACCUCGGACGACUGAAAUACUGACAGAACUCCGGGACAUAUCCAGUAUGGCGAUGGAACACUUCGAGGAGAAGAUUAUUGGCCCCCUUAAGCUCACACCAUUGACGCCAUCCUCCCCGCGCUUCUCACUGUCCACGCCAUACUCCUCAUUCUCCCCUCUCUCAUCAUCACCUACGUCAAGCACAGCUGGUUCAUCCCUCAACAAAUCCCUCGCGACACCAUCAUCAUCAACAGAAGACUCCCCUCAUCUUUUUGCCUCCUACAAGAACACUAUCAGCACUCUCAAGAAGGAAGUUUCUGAUAUGAAGUCUAAGUUUAACGAGAUGCGGAGGAAGGUAAGCGAGCAGGAGCGGGUGGCCCUGGAGCAGAACCGUAUCUUGUCAGAGCAGACGGUCAAACUCACUAGCCAAGAAGGAAAACUCACAGAGGUGAAUCGCAAACUCCUGGAACAAGAGCAGCGUUUUAGUGAAGUUCUGGCUGAUAUGGCACGCAUGAAAGAGGAUUCUAAUGGUGGUUCAAGUAGCAGCAGCAGCAGCAGCAGUAGCAACAGCAACAACAAUAACAACAAAACUGAUGGAAAUUGGCCACGAGAGGAGAAGAACCAACAGUUUUAUGGCUCGCCUAAUAUUGCAGCUCCUACCAUUGGCUCCACUGUCUUUGUAGCAGCUAAUAUGAUGCAGCCAAACUUGCUCCCGGUCAAUUUAACUCCUGGUCAGCUAUCAUCGCCAGCAUACCUUACACCACCAAUGCAAGGUUACUCAUCAGGAGGGAUAGCACUCGGCAUGUCUCCAGGUCAUGCAGCAUCAUCCACCACCUCAUAUUCUACUUGUGUUAUGAGCCAAUCAAGUAGUUUAGGAACGAGCCCAGGUAGACAAAUAUCUUUUCCACAAUCUCCAUCAUCGGUGCACGAUCCUUCUUCGUCCACAACACAAGGUGAGGACAGCUCACCAUCCACAUCCCAGAAUGUGUGUGAGGUGGCAGCCUCUAGUGGUAAGUCACAUGGCAAGAAAUAUAAAAAGAGAAAAUUAUCUGAAGAAGAGGGAUUUCAAGAUACACCACAGGCUAAGUGGACCAAGAUGUAAAGGUACAGUAGUACGAUAUUGUAGUUAUGGUGUAAAGUAUGUAUAUAUCCAUACAAUCUGAAUGAAUAACAAUUAUUUUUACCAAAUAGGAUAGACAGACUAUACUGUUUGUUGUAACAAACCAUGUGGUAUCAUUGCAUAUACAUACUGUAUAUGGCUUAUGUCAACAUUAUCCAGUCUUAAAUUUGUAUUAAUUAUAAACUUAUCAAAACUCUGAAAAUACAUCCAUAACACUGUUUAUGUCCCAUAAGACAGCAACUCCAAUGUUUGAAGUGUAGCUUUAGUUUAGGGACCCACCAUGAUGACACCAUUGACAAGGUGUGUACACAAGAUAACAAAUAUUACCCUACCAGUCCUCCUCCACCUGUGUAUUGGUUAACCCACACCUGGGGGGUAAUAGUCCAUAUUAUUGUGCCAUUAAAGGUACUUGCUUGAUCUUCUUUUACUAAUGCUGUAUGUGUAUUUGUCAUUUUCUUAUUCGGGUUUACAUGGAGAACUGUCUUCAAACAUAUGCUUUUUUAUAUCACAUAUAUGCGGUGUCUGGGUUUUUGCUUGGGUGUUGUGUUCAAGGAGAGCAUAAACAGAUUGGAUACAUGAUACUUUUGCUGUAUCUCUGAAGUGUAGUGAUGUGUGAGUCUUUGCAGUGGGAAAACAAAGCAUCAGAUGAAACUUCCAACAAAUUGGAAAAUGUUUAUCCUAGAAAUAUGAGAUUUGCUACAAAGAUAUUACCAGUGGUGGUAGUACUGUAGUCCCAUGAAUUUGCUAUUUAAUUUAGGUCUAUACUUUAGGUUCGAGAAGACUUUACACACUGUUGUCAAGAUCAAUGAUUUUAACAAGAAGCUUCCAAUCCAGGUUGUAGCAAAAUAAUAUACUGUAUAUAUUAGUACAGUACCAUUAGACUGUAAUUGUGAACAUAUGAGGUUUAUAUCAUUAUGAAUUAAGAAAAGUCAUAAGUACAGUAUAAACAGGUACAGUAAUACAAGUACUGUAUUAUGAAAAACCUUAACCAUCAGAUCUUGUAAUGGUAAAGAUCAACAAAAAAGUGAUUUAGUUAAGAACAGUUGUCUCUCACUGUUGUGUUCUCAUUGUCAAUCAGGCUCGUGUUUUUUCUGGUAACCUCUUCAUAAUGUUAUGGCUCGUGAGGUUAUGAUUUAAUUUACAGUUUUAUUUAGUGUGAUGAGGUUUUGCAUCGACAUUUUCAUCCAUUGGCUGACUUUUGUAAACCUCAUAACAGCAUCUAUUAGAAAUAUGUUCACAGUAAGAUUUUUACAAAUUAACAUUGUGUACUGUAUAACACACUAAAUAUUACUACAAAUAAUAUAUUGUACAUGUAGUAUAAACUAUUUAGUAGAAUAUGACAUGCUUAAUAUGCUCUGAGAAUACCAUUAUGCAUGACCGGUAAAGUUGUAUCCAAUGCUGUACUGUUGUCAGGAAAUCCUUUAUUGUUUUGGGUGAUGAGGCUGGCCUUCACCCUCUGAGGUAAACCAAGGGGCAGCACUAGCGGUCACCUGCCCAGCAUUUUUGUACGAGCAAUUUUAAUAUUAAUGUUUUUUAUUAGAUUCUUUUUAUAUACAGUGCAUGGAUUUGUUUGUAAUUGAAGCUCUGUAAUACGAUAAAUAAAUAAUUAAAAAUGCUGUACUAGAUGAUUGUUGGGUGGGAUCUGACUGUAUUAUUAUUUACAUGCUGUUUUUAUAAUUGUAAAUUACUGUAUUCCCCAAUGAUACUGAAUAAAAAAAAUGACUGCACCACCAGUGCAGCCAUUGGAGUAUUAUAACUGUAUAAAAAUUAUUACAGUACAGUACACACAAUUACAGUACAGUUACAGUACAGUAGUUUGUUGAGCACCAAUAACUAUUUUUAACAAACUUACAGUAUUCACACUUGAAUUUUCUGGGAAAGUUCUGGCAUGUAUUUGAAGCCGUAUGAUGUAAAAAUGAUUUAUGGAAUUUUUAUUUUAUUUUUUUACAGUGAAUGAUGCAUCCAUUUUUUCACUAGAAUGCUACAGUAACUAUCCUGUAUGACGUACCUAGGCCACCGUGCAUCAUCAGAAUGUGAGAAUAUUAUGGUCUGUAACUUGUAGACAGGAUUCAGGUUGUGCAUGCAUGGGAUUGUUGUUCUUUUAGCUUAUUGUUGGGAUUGCUGUUUGUGUUGACAUUCAUGUGUAGUAGCUCUGCUUUGUAGGAAUAUUUCAUGAAGUUCAUUACUUUUUGUUUAGUGUUCUUAUGUAGUACAGUAAGUCCUCGCUUAACUUCGUGGUUUCGUUCCUGAAAAUCGCGACGUUAACAGAAACAACGUUAAGUGGAUCAAUUUUCCCCAUAAGAAAUAGAUACAAUAUGGGAGUUACGUUCCCCAGCCUCCCUUUGACCCAUAAAAUACAUUACAUAUACAGCCACUCCUCGACUUACGACAACCCGGACA